UUUACCAAUUUGUGCGGCACGGUGCACAAGGGUGGCAAUGUCAUCUUUACUCCCGAUGGCAACUCCCUUCUUUCCGCUGUGGGCAAUCGCGUUACCCACUUUGACCUGGUCAACCAUGCCACUCGCACCUUGCCUUUUGAGACGCGUUCGGACAUUGAUCGGAUGGCAGUUUCGCCCAAUGGUCUGCUCCUCCUGAUCGUCGACCGCGACGGCUAUGCCGUGUUGUGCAACCUACCUCGCCGCGUCGCCCUCAAACGAUUCAACUUUAAGGCUCGCGUGCACGAUGUCAAAUUCAGUCCCAACGGCCGUUUUUUGGCAGUGACCCAUCAGAAGCUGGUUCAGGUCUGGCGUACACCAGGGCAGGAUAAAAAAUUUGUGUCCUUUAGCCUCUAUCGCCGCCUCGUUGGCCACACAACGCCCGUCAGCUGCCUCGACUGGAGCCAUGACUCGCGCUUCAUUGUCGCCGGUGGCCAAGACGCCACAGCACGAAUCUUUAGCCUUGAUCCCAUCCCUGGCUUUCGGCCCUUCAUUCUCGGUGCCCACCGCGAGCGCAUCAUGUACUGUGCCUUUGCACACGAGUCACAUGACGUCUACACCAUCUCGCGUGAUGGUACCCUUUUGCACUGGCACAGCUUUGAUGAGACCGUCCAAAUUCGCGACUCUGCAGGCGACUCUUCAGAGAAUGACGAAGAAGCCAAAACCGUGGCUGUGGCCCUGCCCCGCUGGCGCACCUCUGCAGCUGAUCGCCACUACUUUAUGCAACACCAUGCCAAGGUGACCUGUGCAGUCCUGCACAAACCCAGCAGCAUUCUGACCGUGGGCUUUACCAAUGGCGUCUUUGCGCUCUACGAGGUGCCUGAAUUUUCAAAUAUUCAUUCUCUCAGUGUGUCACAAAAGCGCAUUACAUCGGUUGCGGUCAACGCGACUGGCGAAUGGCUGGCUCUGGCCAGCAGCAAGCUUGGGCAACUGUUGGUGUGGGAGUGGCAAUCAGAAUCUUACAUUCUCAAGCAGCAAGGCCACUUCUAUGACUCGAACGUCGUGGCCUUUAGCCCCAACGGCCAACUCAUGGCAUCUGGUGGCGACGACGGCAAAGUCAAGUUGUGGAAUACCUCCACGGGUUUUUGCGUUGUCACUUUCAAGGAGCACCUCGCUGGGGUCACCGGGUUGGUCUUUGUGCAAAGCGGCCUGGCAGUCCUGUCGGCAUCUCUUGACGGCACCGUCCGUGCUUUUGAUACAACCCGCUACCGUAACUUCCGAACCAUGACUAGCCCGCAUCCGAGCCAGUUUGGCUCACUAGCCACCGAUGCGAGUGGGGAGCUGGUCUGUGCUGGUUGUUUGGAGACGUUUGAGAUUUUUGUGUGGUCACUCCAGACGGGCAAGCUGGUGGACGUGAUCAGUGGCCACGAAGGUCCCGUGAGCGCGCUUGCCUUCCACCCCACCGAGGCCACGCUCAUCUCAACGUCGUGGGACAAGAGCAUCAAGCUGUGGAGCUUGUAUGACAACCAAAACGCGCGCGAGACUGUCGAGCUGGGCUCGGACGCCGUGGCCUUGGCCAUGAGCCCCAUUGGCAGUGAAAUCGCCGUCAGCACGCUCAAUGGUAUCCUGUCCUUCUUCUCUGUUCCUGAACUCAUCUCCAAGGGCACGCUGGAGAUUCGCCGUGACUUGCGUUUGGGCCGAAGCACGGCCGACAAGGUGUCAUCCACCCAGCUGCGGGCUGGCAAGACCUUUUCUAGCCUCUGCUUCACCCCGGAUGGCGAGUUCCUCCUGGCCGGUGGCCAGAGCAAGUUUGUGUGUCUGUAUCACGGGCGCAACAAGGUCCUGCUCAAGCAGUUUGCAUUGUCCAGUAACUUGAGCAUGGAUGCCAUGCUGAAGCGUCUCAACAGCAAAUAUGAUUCCGAGGCAGGCAACCUGAUGGAGAUUGAUGACGACGAGUCGGGCAGUGAUUUGGAGGAGCGCGUCAACUUCAAUCUGCCGGGUGUAAAGAAGGGUGAUCUCAGCAGUCGCCGCACACGGCCUGAGAUUCGAUGCAAGGCGGUGUCUUUUGCACCCUCUGGACGCUCUUUUGUGGCAGCCACCACGGAGGGCCUCGUUCUCUUUUCGAUCGACGACAGUGAAAUUUUUGAUCCUUUUGAUCUGGAUAUCGAUGUGACGCCGGAGAAUGUGCGCGCAGCCCUGGACCGCGGAGAUGUGCUGUCCGGCCUAGUCCUGUCCUUCCGACUGAACGAUGCCGAAUUGAUUCGGGCCGCCGUUGAGGCCACCCGAGUCGAAGAUAUUCCUGCCCUGGCCCAGAAUUUGUCGCAAUUUUAUCUCAAGCCCAUGCUGGAGUUGCUCGCGCGACAGUUGGAGAAAAGCCGCCAUCUUGACUUUUACUUGCACUGGACUCUGGCUUUGCUGAACCAUCAUGGUCGCCACGUGCGCGACAACGCACCACGCUAUCGCCCGGCCAUUCGCGAUGUGCAAAAGGCCUUGUCUAUUCAGUCCCAGCAAUUGGGUGACCUGAUGGAGCGCAAUCGUUUCUCCUUGGCCUUUUUGAGCUCGGACUGA